GACGUCAUCACGCACACGCCGCGGCGUCUCUCCCCCCACCCCACCAUCCCAGAAGCCCUCACAACGCGAAUCUCCCUCAGUGGCAUGGCGCCCUCACCUCUCCUCACCACCCUCCUCACCACUCCCCUCACCACCCUCCUCACCACCCUCCUCGUCGUGAGCGCCGCCGCCGCGGCUGCUGCUGCUGCUGCUGCAGGAGGAGGCGGCGAGGCCGGCGCCGUGACCUGUGGCUCGCUCCUCAAGCUCCUCAACAGCCACCACGGAGUGCGACUCCACUCACACGACGUCAAAUACGGCUCGGGCAGCGGGCAGCAGUCGGUGACGGGCGUGGAAGAUGCCGACGACGGCAACAGCUACUGGCGCGUCCGCUCGGCGGCCACGGCGGCGUCGCCGCGGUGCCAGCGGGGCCAGCCGGUGCGGUGCGGGCAAGCGGUGCGGCUGACCCACGUCAACACCGGACGCAACCUCCACAGCCACCACUUCUCCUCGCCGCUGUCGGGCAAUCAGGAGGUGAGCGCCUUCGGCGAGGGCGGCGAGGGCGACGAGCUGGACGCGUGGGAGGUGCAGUGCCCCUCCUCCUCCUCCUCCACCUCGUGGUGGUCACGUGACGUGGCAGUCCGUCUGCGCCACGUGGCCACGGGCGUCUUCCUGUCGGUGACGGGCGAGCGCUACGGCCGGCCAAUCAGCGGGCAGCGCGAGGUUCACGCCAUGGCGACGCCCGGCGCUCACAACCUGUGGCAGGCCGCUGAAGGCGUCUUCCUCAAGACGCCGCCGGUGGCGGCGGAGGCAGUGGAGGCGGCUCGGGGCGACGGCGCGGGGGACGCCGGCGGGCACGGCGAGCUGUGAGGUGACGGCGGCGACGGUGGUGUAGUGGUGGUGGUGGUGGUGUAGUGGUGGUGGAGGUGGUGUGGUGGUGUAGUGG